CUCAUCACCCGGCACUCCAGCGUGUUAUUUUUAUUUCUAGUCAUGCCUCCCCUUCACUUGUCAUUCUACUGCAUCAAAAUGAAUUGCACAUUUGGUUGAAUCUACGCGUUUAACGGAGAAGAAAGCGGUAACAUGAAAUGGAGAUCACACGGACCAGACCGUCCUUGUAUGGAGACAUCGCUCAUGGUCUUGGGUUCUGGACAGACCGGUCAGCAGUGCAUGAGGCAGCUGCGCAAGGGAGAGCUCUUCAGCUGCAGCAGCUGAUAGAAGCCGGAGCAGCAGUUAACAUUGUGGCUGUCGACUCCAUCACUCCGUUGCAUGAGGCUUGCAUACAGGGACAGACCCAGUGUGUCAGACUGCUGCUAAAUGCUGGUGCACAGGUGGAUGCUCGUAACAUUGAUGGCAGCACUCCGCUGUGUGAUGCCUGUGCAGCUGGGAGCCUUGACUGUGUGAAGCUGCUGUUGGAGUAUGGAGCGACAGUUAAUCCUCCACUGUUUACUUUCUCACCUCUUCAUGAGGCCUGUAUGGGAGGUAAUUCAGACUGUGUCCAGCUCAUGAUUGACCAAGGAGCUUUCAUGGAAGCACAUGACUGCCACUACGGUACACCGCUCCAUGUUGCCUGCGCCAGACAACAUUAUGGCUGCGCCAGAGUUCUCCUCAAUGCAGGGGCGAAUGUGAAUGCAGCCAAGCUACAUGAGACGGCACUUCAUCAUGCAGCCAAAACAAGAAACAUCGACUUGAUUGAUCUACUUGUCGAGUUUGGGGGGAACGUGUAUGCCAGAGAUAACCUGAACAAAAAACCUAUCCACUACACCAGUCUAGGAUCGUCUUCUUAUCUCUGCCUUAAAUUCUAUGAGGAUACCCCCCUCAGUCUACAGCAGUUCAGCAGACUGGCACUCAGGAGGGCUCUUGGCGCAAAAUCACUUGAAGUUGUUUCCAAGCUGGGUUUGCCCAACCGCAUCAUAUGUUUUCUUUCUUACAUACCACCUCCAGUUAUUGAAAUUUAAUUACCUAUGAUGAGAUUAGACCAGUCAGGUUUGCUGGCUCUGCGGUUCUCUUUCCGGAAAGUCACAUGACAGGAUGUCGAAGUUUGCAGAAGUGCAGCAUAGAUGUAAUGUCUUCAUAGUGCCAGAGGAGUAGGUUGUACAGAGAUUUCAUAGCUUAAACAUUCAGACUGGUUACUCAAACAAAUUACAAAUGGCUUAACUUCCUCAUUCAUCUAUACCAUUUUGGGGUAGAAAGAUGCCAAAACAAACCAGCAGAUAUACUGUACAUCCCAACCAGUAUAUAAAAUGUUUCAGCUAUCUUGUUAGCAAACAACUGCUUACUUAAGCAGCGUUCAGGACGAAUUGCUCUGUUUAAACCCCCCCCCCCCCCUCAAAAAACAAAUUCCUCACAUUCAUUUGAAAUGGGUGCAGUACAGAGGUGCAUCAGGUGGGUCAACACAGAGGGCUCUGCCAAAAACCACAGGGUUGUCCACCAAAAGAAAAAUUUACCAGGCUCAACUUUUCCUGUAAUGCAAUGUGACAUCAUCCAGCAAGGUGCUGCGUUGGCCAAUCACAUACAUGCUAGCAUCCUGCAGCAUAUACCUGGUGGACUAUUGUAGCAUGAAUGCAUCACCUCUUGGCAGCCUUUUGCUGUCUUGAUUAGCCUUCAAGUUCACAGAUCUGUUACUUAAAUUGGACCUUCUGGAUGGCAUUUUAUGCCCGGUGUUGUUUUUAACACUGUUUUCGGUCCAAAUGCCCUUUUAGACUAACCUGAUGCACCAAAUGGUUUGUUACGCAGAACCAUUUGAGAAGUCAUCCAUGGAGAGACCGUUUGGAAAGGCUAGGCACGUUAAAAAAACAUACGUUGCAGGUUAUUGGGUGAACCAUCUGUUUAUCACUGUCUUGUUUCGGAGGCAACUGGAUUUACGACUAAACUUGAAGCCUGACCGGAUGGAUUCUUUCUCUUGUGAUUUUGCGAAUCCAGUUGCCACACGAGGUAACUACUAGACGUCCAGCAGACAGAGAAACGUGAGAAUAUCACUGUAGUCAUGUUUUCUGGCCACAGAUAUUUAGUUUUACCUCUGGUUUGGUCCACCAUCUCGUGGGAAUGAUAUCUCCACCAGCCACUCAUCUUCUUAAAUUCUGAGGAUUUGUUCUUAGUGGGUAGUGUACAGUUGGUUGGCCAUGUUUAUCUUAAACUUAUUAGCAAGAAAAAAAGGUGAGACUUAAUCGUACAGUUUACGUGCCAGCCAGAAGACCAAGACAAAGCUAAAGUUGGUAAUGGUUGCUUCAUUACGUAUUACAGUCAUUAAAGUCAGUAUUAUUGUCAGAAGAAUUGCUUAAUGGAGCCAGGUGACAUGAACUUAGCUUCUUCUUCUCUAUCAAGUAAGUCGGAGCUCACUAAGCUGUUAUAAUUAAGCAUUACAUAAGAGAUACUAUGUUACCGAGUUAGGAUUUUAUCAUUGUAUGUAUUUGUAUAUAUACUGUGACUAUUUAUUUUUAAUGUAAAUUUGUAAAUAAUACAGAUGGUUCUACCUCUAUUCAAGAUGUGUAAAUAAAUAGAACACAAGACUGUU